ACGAAAACCAUUAACAUUUAUCUACAAAGGUGGGGAUUUUGAAAAUAUCGUAAACUGGAUCUUUUUUGGUUAUUUUCAUAAAUAAAUAAGCUCUGAUGACGUAAACAUACUUGUAAGUGGAAUUACUAAAACCGGCCAGAUAGCGACAAAGGUUUCUAAUAUUUGAGUGUGCAGUGUAGAAAUUUCAAAAUUAAUUCCUCUUUUGUAAAGGUAACAUAAAAAGGAUAUUUCUAUUGAACGUAAUAUGUAAUUAACACAAAAGGUGUUAAAACUUAAAUAUCUAAGAUAAUUUUCAUUAAACCUUGCAUGAUAUUACAUUUCAUGCUAUACAAAUUGUUUGAGAGGAUUAAGAGAUUCCGUUAUAUAACCAAUAAGCUGUCUUGUAUUUACAAACUGACUUUGAAUUGUGCAACAUUCGUAAACAAACUGGAAAUAAAUAUUACGCUUCAAUAUUUAUAUGUUAUGCUAAUGUAAAACAUUUGCAGUGAAUAAUGUGGACGAACAUUUGAAAGGUGAUACGGCAACAUAAGUGCUAGUAUUUUGUCUUUGCUAGAAUUUUUCAUUUAGAUCUAUAUAUAUUUUUGGCAAUAGCAGAAUAUGAGUUCUAAUCCAGAUUUAGGACAUUUAUAUCAUGACGGGAAUAUUUGUAGUGUUUAUUUGAAACUGAACGUUCAAGAUCAGAUAAAAACACGUGAAAUUAAUGCACGAGAAAUGAAGACUUUAGAUAAAUACUCACGUGCAAUGGAUCGGGCUAAAUCUGUUUGUAGAAUAAACAAUGAAUGGGAACAGAACUAUCUACGAACACAGCUGAGGGAUAUUAGAUAUAAAACUCCUUCAUUGAAAAAAGGCUUAAGACAGGAGAGUCAGCGCUUAAAGAGCAGGAGACAUGUACCGAAGGGUGGAUCCCAACUUCCAAACAUAGAACAUAAUCAGAAUGUAUCAGGAUCUUAUUCCACUCCCAGUUACAGGGAAAGACAAAAUCCCGUUUUAAUCAGUUCGUGGUCUGUUUAUUCAAAUGGAGCCCCAAGAAACCGGUCUGCACCAGUUCUUGGUAGUCUAGAUGUGUUAAGGGAACAGCAAGAGGAAAGAGCAGAAAACAAUAUGCUGAAAACAAAAUCGAAGUCUGUAGGUUUGGUAAAGAAGGCGGAACAAGUGACAAAGACAUUACAUAAAUUAUAUACAGAUGCUUUUAAAAGAAAGUCGAAGGAAAAUAACACCACUGUGCUUGAUGUGUUAGGUAAAGAGUCCCGCGAGGAGUUAGAAAAAGCUCUGUUUGUAUUACGUGGGUCACAUGCAGGUGACGUCAUUGAAGAUAUCCUGAACGACAGGGAAUAUGUAUCAAAGCAUACAGUUAAAAAAAGCCAGCACAACGAUAGUUCGGAUUCUUCUUCUAAAAGUGACUUCGACGAAAUGAUAAAUGAUGUUUUUGUAACUCAGUCAGAAACCAAAAAUAAGAGAAGUGAAUCAUUUGUACUUAAUGAAGACGAUUAUUUCAAAGAUGUAUUUACACAGGAUGAGUUCUCUGUAGGAUCAGACCAAAGGCGGUUUUAUGUACAACAAGGAAAAAGACAAAAUCCAUUGUUUCCGAAUGAUACAAGUUUAUCGCCUACAUCUAAGAAUAUGCGCUCUGGAGAAACUGUUUUAUCAACAGACAAACAUGUGUCGAGGGGAACUGAGACAGAUGACGUGGCCGCUGAAGUUUUUAAACGUGACGACGCGUGGAUGAUGUCAUCAACAUUAGCUAACGCGUCUGAUAUCGACUCUGGACCAUCUCUAAGAUGGACUGACUUAUUCAAAACCCCAGAAUUGUGGAAACAGAAUAAAAAGGGAAAUACGAAAACGUCACCGAAAGCAUUAUCACUCGUAACUUUAACAGGAAAACGUAGACAAACUAUGAUAAAAAGAUAAAAAUAUGAUUAGAUCGCAUGCUAAUAACUUAAUUAGUCGUUGUAUUGACAUUCAUCUUGACUUGAUUAGAAUUAUAUUAAAUAUAUUAAUAACAUAUAUAGUUCA